CAGAAAUAGUUUUUCUUCUGAGGACUGACUUAAUUGCAUUCUCCAUAUGUGGGCAAGGCUGACUUCCCAGUUUACCAAAAAUAUAAAGGAGUCAAGACAACCCAAAAGUCAAGGGCUAAACCACACCCAAGACUCUUAUCCUCCUAAGCCCCUGUCGAUCCAAAAGGUUCAAGCCAUCCAGGUUCAGCUGCCGGAUGAUAUUUACCAUCAGAUUCCCGCUUACUAUCUCGAGCCCCAUAUGCUCAGGUUUAACUCCAAAGCCCAGCCUUUUAGUAAUGUGCUGGUAGAUGAGAUGGACAUGAUGCUGACUAAAGCAGCCACAGUCAUCCAGUCAGCCUGGCGAGGUCACCAUCUUCGACAGCAGAUGUCUAUAGAGCUAAAGACAAACAAGGCAAUGGAGAACGUUCCAAAUGCCUGGCAUCCGUUUCCUGUCCAUCAGCAUCUGCAGUCUGCUCAGGACCUGGAGCACAUGGGCCAGGAGCGGGUCCAGGCCUUCAGAGGGACUUCUUAUCCACAGAACACUUCUGAGACAGUCACUGAGACUAGUAAGGACCAUAAGCUGCCCUGGAGACCACUGGUUCAUUUACAUCAGCAGAGAUUAGGGAUUUCUACUACUGGGCUCCAUCCUCCAAAGAGUACAGUGGACAGAUGGACACAAGUCUCCUCCAAGGAGGACAUUCCAGUUACUGAGAAAAUUAACCAGUCAUAUUUAGGGAACAAAGUAUCCUGGACACAGUCCCAAGAUUUGCAAGGGGCUAAAUCUGAGCCCUCCAAACCUCAUAGAUAUUUCAGUAAUAGAAAGACCAAAGUCCAAUCCCAAAUGAAUUCUACAGAUAAAGCAGCCAAGACCUCUUCUCCGAUAUAUGCUACAACGGAAGAGGUCAAGAUUCCAUCCAAGGAACAAUCCACAGCUAGAUUUCCCAAGAGCCUUUUGCAAGAACGCAUAAACGGAGCGACUAAGGACCCAUCUCAGGCAAAUCUGGUGGCUGGCGUAAACAAGACCUCAUCCCAUUCCCAAUUCUCAACUAAAUUGACCAAGGUCCUAUCUCACACAAAUCUGGAAGCAAGAGGAACCAAGGCUCCACUCCAGACCCACCCCACAGCCGGAUUGACCAAAGUCUCAUGCAAGGAAUGCAUAGCAUCUGGAACAACCAAACCUUCAUCCCAGUCACAUCUGGCAGCUGUAGUCCACAAGAUCCUGCACCAGACACACUCCACAGCUGGAGUGACCAAAGUCUCCUCCAAGGAAUGUCCAGCAUCUGAAACAAGCAAGGUCUCGUCCCAAUCCCAUCUGGCUGCUGUAGUCCACAAGAUCCUACAUCAGACACAUACCACAGCUGGCGCAACCAAGGUCUCAUCUAAAGAACACCUGGCAGCUGGAGGAAGCAAGGCUCCAGCCCAGACACAUCCCGCAGCUGGAUUAACCAAAAUUUCAUCCAAGGAAUAUCCAGCAUCUGAAAUUACCAAGACCACACAUCUGACAGCCGUAUCUAACAAGAUUCUACUCUAUGAACAACUCACAGCUGGAGCAACCAAGACCUCAUCCAAGGAACAUCUGGCAGCUGUGGCCAACAAGAUCCUUCACCAGACACAACCCACUGUUGGGACAACUAAGGCUCCACCCCUGUCACAUCUGGCAGCUGGAGCCAUUAAGGCUCCACACCAAGCCCAUCCCACAGCCGGAACCAAGGCUCCACCCCAGUCACAUCUGGCAGCUGGAGCCAUUAAGGCUCCACACCAAGCCCAGCCCACAGCUGGAACAACCAAGGCUCCACCCCUGUCAUAUCUGGCAGCUGGAGCCAUUAAGGCUCCACACCAAGCACAGCCCACAGCUAAAACAACCAAGGCUCCACCCCUGUCACAUCUGGCAGCUGGAGCCAUUAAGGCUCCACACCAAGCCCAGCCCACAGCUGGAACAACCAAGGCUCCACCCCUGUCACAUCUGGCAGCUGGAGCUAUUAAGGCUCCACACCAAGCCCAGCCCACAGCUGGAACAACCAAGGCUCCACCCCAGUCACAUCUGGCAGCUGUGGCCAUUAAGGCUCCACACCAAGCACAACCCACAGCUGGAACAACCAAGGCUCCACCCCUGUCACAUCUGGCAGCUGGAGCCAUUAAAGCUCCAUACCAAGCACAACCCACAGCUGGAACAGCCAAGGCUCUGCCCCUGUCACAUCUGGCAGCUGGAGCCAUUAAGGCUCCACAACAGGCACAAGCCACAGCUGGAACAACCAAGGCUCCAUCCUUGUCACAUCUGGCAGCUAUAGCCAUUAAAGCUCCACAACAGGCACAAGCCACAGCUGGAACAUCCAAGGCUCCAUCCAAGGAACAUCCAGCAAGAGUAUCCAAGGCCCCAACCCAAGAAUACUCCAUAGCUAGAGCCAAUAAGACCUUAUCCCAGUUACAUCUGGCACCUGGAGGGACCAAGGUCCCAACCCAGGCACACUCCACAACUGGAGUAGCCAAAGUCUUGUUCAAGGAGCCUCUGUCACCAGGAGCAAGCAAGGUCCCAUUCCAGUCCCAUCUGACAGCUGAGGUGACCAAGGCUCCUUCUCAGGUCUAUUCCACAUCUAGGAUGAGCAAGUCUUCUUCCCAGACACAUUCUAUAGUUGGAGUGAUCAAGACCCCAUCUCAGGCACAUCUGGAAGUCAAGGCAACCCAGGUCCCAUCCCAUGAAUACUUAGAAGCUAAGGCAAUCCAAGUCCCAUCUCAGAGCGAUUUGAAGAUCAAGAUGGCCCACGGUCUACCUCAGCCAUAUCUGGAGACCCAGGUCCCAUCCCAAGUCCAACUAGGGACCACAGGGACAGAGACACCAUUGCAGGUACAGAUGGGGUCACUCCUAUCCAAAUUUCUAUCCUGGAGAGACAUGGACAUGAGCAAAGCUCAGGCUUUCCAAGAGCAGGGAGGAAUGAUGGCAGUUCCAGAGAUGGAAAAUGAAGAGAAUGAGGUGGAAGAGUCCCAAGUGGCCAAGACUAAGCCUUCUCAGGAGCAACUGGGCACUGUGCUGUCCAAGGCUCUGUGUCAGGGAGAGGUGAGAGCAGCUUUAACCAAUGCCUUGUCCCAAGAAGUAUUGGGCCCUAGCAUGGCCAAGACUUUGUCUCAAGGGAUUUUGGGGCCGGUGUUGAUUAAAGCCCUGUCUCGGGGGGCUUUGGGAACAAGUGUUUCCAGGGUCCUCUCCCGGGGGGAGCUGCGGGCAGAGGUGACCAAAGCCAUGUCCCAAGGGAAGCUUGGGGAAGCCCUAGACAAAGCCCUGACCAAAGAUGAGAGGGCUGCCCUCAACCAAGCCCUCUCCCAGGGGGAGUUGAGUACGGUCCUCAGCCAGGUUUUAUCCCAGGGUGUUUUGGCAGCCAUGGCAAGACCUUUGGAUAUAGGAGCUGCUUCAAGCCCCUCCCUAAAGGAAGUGGGAGGUGGGGUCCCGCAAGCCACAAGUCAAGUGGAUGUGGGAGAGACAAAGCGAACCGUCUUCUCAGUAAGCCCUGGCCCAUCAUCAAAAGUUGUCAUCUCAAGGGAAAACACUUGGCAGAAAAUCUCCCAAGAGACACUGCUACCUGUGGACAGCAGCGAUGUCAAUGUGAGUCUAAAUCAUCCCGAGGAGCCUAUAGCCAAUAGAGUGGCUCCGAGUCUGGCCCCGGGGAACAGAACCAGUGGGGUGACCUUGGGUCUCCCCUGGAGAAACUUGCUUAGGGGGGUGACCCCCAGCCUUCAUCAGGAUUCUGAAAUCAACGCAGGAGCUGGGCCAAGUAUCCACCAAAUAUUCCCACCUGGCGGCCUGGGUUCGAUCCUGCCCUGGGGGUCCAUGGCCAGCGGAAUGGUCCCAAAUCUGUCUCAGGGGACGGUGGCCAGUGAACUUGUCCAAAGUCUAUUGCAGAGUUAUGAAGUGGUCUCCACUCUGGACAAGGCCAGGGGGGAGAUACCAAAUUUGCCCCAGGAAAGUGGAACUGGCGGGGUCAAGCCAGGCCCACAGCAGCCAUCUGUACCUAAUGAGGUGACCCCAAGAUUACAACAAUCAUCCAGGACUAGCGGGAUAGCGCCGGGUCUACCCCAGGGACCCAUGGCCAGUGGGGUAAUUCUAAGCUUGCAGCAGCCACCUGGGGUCAGUGAGAUGACUCCAGGUUUGCACCAGGUAUCUGUAAUCAAAGGAGUGGCUCAAAGCUUAUGUCCAGUCUCAGGAGCCAGCAGAGGGGUACCAAGUCAGUUUCAGGAUCCUAGAGACAGUGAGACGGCCCCAAGUUUAUACCAGCCAUCUGUAGCCAGUGAGGUCUCAGCUCUACAUCAAGGGCCUAAGGCCGGUGGUUCCCAGAGAUCUAUGGAAAACAGGGGAAUUCCAAAUCUAAACCAGGCCUUGGUAGCUAGUGGAGUUACCCCAACUCUCUCCAAAGUAUCUAUAAUCACUGGGGUACCCUCAGGUCUCUAUCACAGAUCUAUGACCGCUGCUAUAUCCCCAAAUAUGUCCCAGAUGACUGGGGGCAAUAGAAUGGCCCCAAGUCUAUCCCAAGAGCCUUUGGUCAGUGGCAUAGAGCCAAGGUUACCCCAAACGUCUGUGGCUCAUGGGGUGACCCCAGCCCUACAGCAAGGGCCCGUGGCUGGUGGACUGGUUCCCAGUCUAUAUCCAGCUUCAGUGAUCAGUGACAUAUUCCCAGGCUUCCACCAGGCAUCCAUGAUCAGGGACGUGACUUCAAAUCUGUAUCAGGCAUCUGUGGCCAGUGCUUUAGGUCAGAGUGCAUGCAGGUCCCCCAUAGGAACUGGGAUUCUGGAUCCACAAGAAAACUUGGCUCCAGAUAGGUUGGCCAGAAAUCUGUCCUGGAGCUCCAUGACCAAUGAGAUACAUUCCAAGCUGGCCAGUGGGGCAGUGCUAAGUCUCUCCCAGGCGGCUAAUUCUAGGCUACCCGUCCCAGACUUCCACCAGCUGGCCCAAACCACUGGUUCAAUGUUGCAACACACUUUGAAACCCAACUCUCUGGCCCUGAGUGUGCACCUAAGUGAACAGCUGGGGAACAGGAUGGACACGAAAAGCCUACAGCAGGGACCCAUGUCUCCGUAUCUGGGCGUGGUUCCAAGUCCACAUCCGGUAGCAAAGACCAGUAGAGUGGCUCAGAGUGGACCUGAGACAGCCAUGCCCAGUGGGGCUCCCUCAGAUCUGUAUAAGGAGCCCGAGGCCAGUAAGGUGACCCCCCUUUUACGCCAAAUGUCUGUGGCCAGUAGGAUGGAGCAAAAUCUAUAUCCCGUAUCCCUGACCAGUAAGUUGUCCCCUACUUUAUGCCAGGGGUCCAUGGUUAGUGCAUUAACCUCGAGUAUACAGCAGGUGUUUAGGGACAACAAGUCAGAACUUAACAUACACCAGGUGUCCACUACUAGAGGAAUGACCCAGAGUCUCCACCAGGAGUCGGGGGUCAGUGCCGUGGGCCCGAGUCUAUAUCAGGCUUCCUUGGCCAAUGAGAUAGCCCUGAGUCUACAAGGGGUUGUCCCCAGUCUGCAUCAGGAGUCUUUGGUUAAUGGAGUACCCCCCAAUCUAUAUCAGGAAUCCAUUAAUCCUAGGGUGGAUUCAGGCACAGCCUGGGAUUCUGCAAUCAUGAAAGUACCCCCAAAUAUGUAUCAGAAACAUAUGCCUACUAAGAGCACCUCAAAUAAUUCCAGGGACCCUCUAGCCAAUCUACACAAAUCCAUGGCAAAAGGUGCGUCCCUAAGCCUGCCUCUGGGCUCUUCAAUCUUUGGAGAGGGGCAAAGUGACAUCCAGGAAGUUAGAGCUGCUCAGGAAGACACAAAUGCACAACACAACUCCAUGAUCACAAAGGUAGAAUCCCAUGAAGUCCAGAAGUUCAAGAGCUACAGGGUGGGCCCAAAUCUGUCCCAGGAUGUAAUUCCAAGUUCACACAGGAAACCAGGAGUUAAUGAGGGGACUGCGUAUCAGAAAUCUGGGGUCACUGCACUAACCCCAAGUAUGCACUGGCCAUCUGAAGUCAAGGAGGGGGUGUCCGAUGUGCACUGGGGACCCCGGAUCAGCGAGCUAGCCCCGGAUGGGCAUAUGGGAGCCAGAGCCAUUGAAAUGCCUCCAAAUAUGUACCAGGAACCCAGGUUCAAUGAGGUGUCCCUCAAUGUGCCCUGGGGAUCUGUGGUCAGCAAGGUAGCCCCCAGUAGGCAACAAGAGUCUGCAGUCAGGGAGGGGAUCCCAAGUGUGCCUCAGGUAACUGCGGUCAGGGGAGUGGUCCCAGCUGUGCAUAGGGAAUCUGUGGUCAGCGGGAUGGCCUCAAAUGGUCUCCCGAUCUCUAGGGUUGGUGGGGUUGCCCCGAGUCUGCCUCAGGGACCUGAGGUCAGUGGGGUGGCCACAAGUGGGCCUCAGAGACCAGUGGUCAGUGAAGCCAUUCCAGACAUGAGUCAGGAAUUGGUAGCUGGUGGAGCGGCCCCAGCUGUGUACCAAGGAUCCGUGCCCCAAGCAGUGUCUCCACAAGUGCUUUGGAGAUUAGCAGCCAGACAACUGGUUCCAGGUCUAUUACAAAAGUUUUUUCCCAGUGGGGAGGACCCAGGGAUGAAUCAAGGUUCUAUGGCCAGCGGAGAGACUCCAGCUAUGAAACAAGGAUUUCUGUUUGAUGAGGUGACUCUAAAUGUGAAUCAGAGACCUGUCUCCAAACCGGAGUCCCCAGGAGUACAAUGGAGUUUAACAGCCAACCAGUUGGUACCAAGUCUAUUCUACAAGUUUAUGCCCAGUAGAGAGGACCCCAAUGUGGCCACAGGGAUAGCUCCCCCCGUAAAUCAAGAUGGGGCUCCCAAUACACAUCAAUCAUCCAUGGUCCCCAGUGGACACUGGACAUCUGGAUCCAGCGAGGCAACACAGAAGGUGAAGGAGAAAUCUGUUGCCAGUGGAGCAACUCCUUCCGUACACCAGGGACCAAUGGUCAGUGGGGCGGCUCCGAGUCCACAUAAGGAACCAAAGGCCCCGAGUGCACUUCAAGGUUCCAGAGGCAGUGGAGUAGCCCCAAGUAGCCAAGAAUCUGGGACCAAUAGGAUGAUUUCAAGUCAAGAAUCCAAAAGCAACACUGCAAUGCAGAAUGUAAGGUGGGGCUCCAUGUCCAAUGCAGUAGCACCUAGAGCACAGCAGGGAUUCCUAGGUGGCAGGGUAGCCUCCAAAUCAAGUUUGAGAUCUGUGACCUACAGGGUAGCCUCAAAUGUGCAGCAAGGAUCCCUGCCACGGGGAGCAGUCCAGACUCUGAGCUGGGGUUCUGUGAACAAUGGGGCAAUUCCAGGUCUAAGUCUGGGACCUAUGAACUUAACCCCAAGUGAAGGUCAACAAUCUGUAGCCAGCAAAGUCACCUCGAGUGAAGAGCAGGGAUUUCCAGCCAGGACCGUGGUCCCAAGUAAGAAGUGGGGACCAGAAGACAGCAAGAUGGCUCCGAGUACGCUCCAGGGAACCUUGAGCACUGCGGUGGUCCCAGAGGCAGGCUGGAUCUCCGUGAGCAGGAGCAUAGCCCAGAGCACACAUCAGGGGUCUGCAGGUGGUGAGAUAGCCCCUCUCGGACAUCACAGAGCCACGGCCGGCAGAGGUGUCCCAGGGGUGACCAAGGGACGCGCAGCCGGCUGGGGAAGCCCGAGGACGCAUCAAGGGUACAUAGUCAGUGGCAAGACCCCGAGCGUGAACUGGGGCUCUGCGGCCAGUGAAGGAUUAAGAGUAGCCCCAAGCCAAGAAUCUGUGGCUAGUGGGGUCACACCAAGUAUCUAUCAGAGGUUCCCAGAAACCGGGGGGACCCCAGGAUCUAUGGCUAGUGGAUUGUAUCAGGGAUCUUCUAGUAGAAUGGCCCUGAUCUACGGGAGAUCCAUGAGCGAAGUGCCUCCACAAUACCCGGCUAGCCCCGGGACACCGAGCACACAACAAGCAGAUAUGGCCAGUGUAAACCAGGAACCCGGGGCCAGUAGAAUCGUGCCAAAUGGGCUUUGGGGGCUCAUGACCCAAAAGGUAAAUCCCUGUGUUGUGCAGCAGCGGUCCAGGUCAGGUCCAGAGGAAGAAACCCCUUCUCCAAGGGAAGGCCCCAGCUGGCCACCAGAAAUAGUAGAGGCCAUUCAGCAUAAGGCGGCCUCAGUGAUCCAGGGAGCCUUCCGGGGCUACAAAGCCCGCAGGCAGUUGAAGGACCAGCACAUGGCAGCCACCCUCAUCCAGGCCAGGUGGAAGAGCUUCCAGGUUCGGAAGGCUCUGGCUAGCCAAAUAAAAGCAGCCAUCAAGAUCCAGGCAUUCUGGAGAAGCUUCCAAACCCGCCAGAGGCUGAUGAAUCAGAGGUUCAUGGGGGACGCAGAGGCAGAAUGGGAAAGCCUGGACAAGCAGAUCUUGCCCCAUCGCUGCUUCCACUCCUGCCAGCCAAGGUCCUGUGCCCUCUGCCAGGCCUUACAGAGGAAGGUUCAUAAUGGUCCCACCUGCCUGGCCCUGCUCACGCAGCCCAACUCCAGGACCUGCCACAUCUGCCAGCACACAUUCCAAACGAGGAUGCUCCAUGGCCUGGGCCAAGGUCCUGAGGACCUGCGCGGGCGGAGGGCGGGCUCAUUGCCCAUCCAGAGAUCUCGCCUGCUGCACGACCAGCUGAAGGCAGCAGUGCUGAUCCAGGCGCUCUGGAGGGGCUAUCAGGCUCGGCAGGCCCUGAGUAGGCAGCAGGCAGCAGCCAUCAGACUGCAAGCUUCCUGGAGGGGCUGCAUCACCCGCAAAAAUCUCACCGAGAAAGUCAUGCUCCUGACUCCUACCUUGGCCCUAGGCUAGACGGUCGAUCCACCUGCACUCCGAAGGGUGGGCGUGGGCUGGGGGUGAUGGGAGAAAGGUGGCUCUGGAAAGCAAGUCUUUCUUGGGAUGAACUAAUAAAGCCUUCCAGUGU